AAGAGGAGAGAAGAGCAGAGAAAACAGGCUGGCUGCUUCUGCAGCCAGGAGAGGGGAGGGGAAGAUGCCGUCUCCAUCAUUUACCCUCGAUGCUCAGCUGAGAUUUCAUGACAAAUGGCUGAAGAUCGAUUUACAGCGAGCCUUUUCUCCUGAAGGUCUGAGUGAGAUGUGGAAUGAGAUGGUCAAAGAUGAAGAGAUCACAUUUAACGGAGAAGAGUCCACUCACCCAGAAGACUGUGACUGUUUUGGAGCUCAAAAGAAAGAUGAAGCCAACGAUAAAGAGAAGAAAGAGGAGGAGGAGACGACAGCGUCUGUCCAUCACUCCAUCAUUGAGUCCUGGGACUGGGGACGACAACCAGAUGAGAUGGAGUUGAAGGACUGUCUCCUGGUUCUGGUGGAGGAUCAGCAGAAGCUCUCGGCUCAGAUGGCUAAAAGCACUCUGUCCGCUCAGAGGUUACGUCAGCGCCUCGUCAUCCUGGAGCGUUACCUCAUCUCGCUCAGCCACAGCAUGAUGGAGGAGAAGUACGAGGUUCGCUGGAAGACUCCGCCCAGCCCGCCACUGCCCUCUGCUGACAACAAGAGUCCUCGUCCGGUAAAUAAAGGUGUUGAAGGUUUGGCCAGAGUCGGCUCCAGGGCGGCGCUCUCGUUCGCAUUUGCUUUCCUGCGUCGAGCGUGGAGGUCGGGAGAUGAUGCAGAUCUUUGCAGUGAGCUUCUCCAGGAGUCUCUAGACGCUCUGCGAGCUCUCCCUGAAGCGACGCUGUUUGACGAGGGAAGUGUGUCGUCAGUGUGGCUGGAGGUCGUUGAACGAGCCACAAAGUUCCUCAGUGACGUACAUGGAAGUGCCACCACCAAAGGCAACAUUCCUCUGCAGGACCAGCACCUGGUUCUGGCCAUCCUACUGGAGCUGGCUGUGCAGAGAGGAACACUCAGUCAGCUGCUGUCUGCUGUUCUGCUGCUGCUGCGUCUGUGGGAGAGUGGAACCAGAGAGAUGGACAACGAGCGUUCCACUCAGGGAACCAGUGCUCCACUGCUGCCACUGCUGCAGCGCUUUCACAACAUCCACAGCAGCAAAGAGGAACCAGUUCCUGAAGAGCAAGCUGAGAUCCUCACUGCCCCCUUGUGUCCAAAUGAGAGUUUCCUGCGCUACUUGACUUUGCCUCAGGAUAAUGACUUGGCCAUCGACCUUCGGCAGACAGCGGUGGUGAUCAUGGCUCACCUGGAUCGUUUGGCUUCUCCCUACAGUCCCCCACAGUGUAACUCGCCCACGUCACACAAGGGAUCCUUGCAGGAGGUGAUUGCCUGGGGUCUGUUGGGCUGGAAACUGUACGCCAAUGUUAACGGACCCAUUCAGUGUAAAGCUCUGUCAAGUCUCGGUGUGGCACAGAUUGUGUGUUCAGAGAAGGGAUUCCUCAUUCUGUCCCGCAGCAGUGCCAUCUACAUGCAGAACUACAAGAGUACCACUCUGGCUCCCAUGAUGAUCCACAGUCUGAGCUCCAGAAAGAUUGUGAAACUCGCCGCUCACCCUGAUGGACAGCACUACUUAGCUCUGUCUGCUAACGGGGAGGUUUUCUCCUGGGGCUGCGGUGAUGGCGGACGCCUCGGACAUGGAGACACAACGUAUCUUGAAGAGCCCUCAUUGAUUGCAGCCUUCAACGGGAAACAGGCAGGAAAACACGUGGUUCACGUGGCCUGUGGAAGCACAUACAGCGCCGCCAUCACAGCAGAUGGAGAGCUGUAUACGUGGGGCAGAGGGAACUACGGUCGACUGGGUCAUGGAUCCAGUGAGGAUCAGACCACACCCAUGCUGGUGACGGCGCUGAAGGGACUGAAGGUGGUGGACGUCGCGUGUGGAAGUGGUGAUGCACAGACACUCGCUGUGACGGAGAAUGGUCAGGUUUGGUCGUGGGGCGAUGGAGAUUACGGCAAACUGGGUCGAGGAGGCAGCGACGGCUGUAAGACGCCCAAACUGGUGGAGAAGCUUCAGGACCUGGACAUCGUGAAGGUCUGCUGUGGCAGCCAAUUUUCAGUGGCCCUCACCAAAGACGGUCAAGUCUACACUUGGGGGAAAGGAGACAAUCAACGUCUUGGUCACGGAACCGACGAGCACGUCCGAUACCCAAAGUUCCUCGACAGUUUACAGGGGAAGAAGGUUGUGGAUGUGGCAGUGGGGUCGACUCACUGUUUGGCUCUCACUGAUGAUGGAGAGGUUCUCAGCUGGGGCAGCAAUGACAAACUGCAGCACUUUGAUACGCUCUUCUCUAACAAGAAGCAGCCAAAGGCUCUGCCAGGACUAAACUCCAAACACAUCGUGGGCAUUUCCUGUGGUCCAGGACAGAGCUUCGCCUGGUCCUCGUGCUCUGAGUGGUCCGUCGGGCAGCGCGUGCCCUUCGUGGUCGACGUUUGUCCCAUGACCUUUGAGCAGCUGGACCUGCUGCUGCGGCAGGUCAGUGAGGGAAUGGACGGCAGCUCAGACUGGCCCCCCCCACAGGAGAAGGAAUGUAUGGUCGUAGCCACACUCAACCUGUUGCGGCUCCAGCUCCAUGCUGCCAUCAGUAACCAGGUGAAUCCAGAGGAGCUGGGUUUGGGGCUGGGCAGUGUCCUGCUCAACAAUCUGAAACAAACAGUGGUGGUAUUAGCGAGCAACGCCGGAGUUCUCAACACUGUGCAGGCAGCUGCUCAAGCUGUGCUGCAGAGUGGCUGGUCAGUGCUGCUGCCCACUGCUGAAGAAAGAGCCAGAGCUUUAUCCUCACUCCUGCCUAAUGCUGCCUCUGGAAAUGAGAUGAGCGUGAGUCCUGGACGUCGCUUCAUGAUCGACCUGCUGGUCAGCAGCUUAAUGGCCGACGGGGGUUUGGAAUCUGCACUGAAUGCAGCCAUCACUGCCGAGAUACAGGACAUUGAAGCUAAGAAGGAGGCUCAGAAGGAGAAGGAGAUCGACGAGCAGGAGGCCAACGCCUCAACCAUGCAGCGCUGUCGCACCAUGCUGGACAAAGACCUCAUCAACACGGGCAUCUACGAGUCAGCAGGGAAACAAAGUCUGCCACUGGUGCAACUCGUGCAGCAGCUGUUGAGAAACAUCGCCUCCCAGACCAUUGCGAGGUUGAAAGACGUCGCCUGUCGGAUAUCAAACUACUUAGAGGCGGAGCAUGUCAGUAAGGAGCGCUCUGCUUCUCUGGACCUGCUGCUGCGUUUCCAGCGGCUGCUCGUCAGUAAACUCUACCUGGGAGUCAACGGCACAGAGAACGUCAACGGAUACAAUCCAGAACUUCUGGGUGUCGGGUCACUCUUGAAGAAGUACAUCGCUCUGCUGUGCACUCACAUCGGUGACAUCCUUCCUGUGGCAACGAGUAUCGCCUCCGCUGGUCACCGCCACUUUGCUGAGGUUUCCCGUGUUAUUGAAGGAGAUCUAACUGGAGUUCUUCUGCCUGAGCUGGUGGUGUCCAUCGUCCUCCUCCUCACCAUUGAUGCUGGUCUGAUGCAGGAGACUGGUUCCAUCCCUCUGCUGGCUGGACUCCUGGAGCACCUGGACCGCUUCAACCACCUGGCUCCUGGACACGAGAGGGACGAUAAUGAGGACCUGGCCUGGCCGGGCAUCAUGGGAUCUUUCUUCACAGGACAAAGUUCUAAAAACAAUGAGGAGGUUUCCCUCAUCAGGAAGGCCGACCUGGAAAACCACAACAAAGACGGUGGAUUCUGGACCGUCAUCGAUGGAAAAGUCUAUGACAUCAAGGACUUCCAGGCUCAGUCCCAGUCGUUAGCAGGGAACAGUAUCCUGGCCCAGUUUGCAGGUGAAGACCCCGUGGUUGCUCUGGAAGCUGCUCUGCAGUUUGAGGACACCAGAGAGUCCAUGCAGGCCUUCUGUGUGGGACAGUACAUGGAGCCAAAUCAGGAAACCGUGACCACGCCAGACCUCAGCAGUUUGUCCUCACCUCUGAUGGACACAGAGAGGAACUUGGGUCUGCUGCUGGGUCUCCACGCCUCCUACCUGGCCAAGAGCACCCCACUCUCCCCCAUGGAGAUCGAAUGUGCCAAAUGGCUCCAGUCCUCCAUCUUCUCUGGGGGUCUGCAGACCAGUCAGAUCCAUUAUAACUACAAUGAGGAGAAGGAUGAAGACCACUGCACCUCACUGGGUUCAACCACUCCAGACAAGGCCAAACUCUACUCCAGAAGGUUAACACUCAGCGACCACGCACAGCCUUUCCUGCAGGCCAUCGCUGACAACAACACUCAGGACCACACUGUCAAGGACUUCCUGUGCCAAAUAGAGCGUUGCUGUAAGCAGUACCACCUCAUCACACCCAUCACUUUCCCCCCGGAACAUCCUGUGGAGGAGGUCGGCCGCCUGCUGCUCUGCUGCCUUCUCAAACAUCAAGACCUCGGUCACGUUGCUCUUUCACUUGUCAGUCAAUGUGCCUUGGGUGUGGAUCAGGGGAAACAGAGGUCCCUCCCUAAAUCUGUGAUUGAUGUGUGCCGCAUGGUCUACCAGGCCAAGUGUUCUUUAAUCAAGACCCAUCAGGAGCAGGGUCGCUCCUAUAAGGAGGUGUGCGCUCCCGUCAUAGAGCGCCUUCGCUUCCUGUUUAACGAGCUGCGUCCAGCCGUUAGCAACGACCUGUCCAUCGUGUCCAAACUGAAGCUGCUGAGCUCGCAGCCACGCUGGAGGAGGAUCACGCAGAAGCUCAUCAGGGACCGCAGGAAAAAAAGAGUGCCUAAAAAGUCAGAAUCUGCUGACAUCGAAGAGCCAAAGCUGGAGAACGAAGGGACCAAUGAAGAAGAACUGAACGUUCACAUCAGCCCCACCACUGCAGACAGAAAAUCUACCACGAGCAAGACGUCCAAGCAGGACAAAUGGCAGCCUCUGUUAAACACUGUGACCAGCGUGCAGAAGUACAGGUGGCUGAAACACAGCGUCCAGGGCGUCUUCUCUCAGUCCAGCCUCAUGGUCACCAUCGUGGAGUUUGUCCUGAAGGAGGAGCCCCUGGACGUGGAGAAGAUGAGGAAGUGUCUUCUCAAACAGCUGGAGAGAGCUGAGGUCCGGCUGGAAGGCAUUGACACAAUGCUGAAACUGGCCUCCAAAAACUUCCUGCUGCCGUCUGUUCAGUACGCCAUGCUGUGUGGUUGGCAGAGGGUCAUUCCUGAAGGGACCAACAUUGGUGAGUCUCUGUCUGACUGCCUGAAGGACGUGGAUCUGAUCCCUCCGUUCAACCGCAUGCUCCUGGAGGUGACCUUUGGAAAGUUGUAUUCCUGGGCCAUUCACAAUGUCCGCAGCAUCCUGCUCGAGGCCAGCGCUCGCUUCAAAGAGCUUGGCGUUCAGCCUGUUCCUCUGCAGACCAUCACCAAUGAGAACCCAGCGGGACCAAGCCUCGGUACCAUUCCACAAGCUCGCUUCCUCCUGUCCAUGAUCCACAUGCUGUCGCUGAAACACGGCUCCAACAGCCUGAGUCUGCUGCUCAACUCUGGAAUCCUGGCCCUCACUCAGAGUAUCCUCCGACUCAUCGGUCCGAGCACAGACAGCAGUGAGGACGACCUGAGUUCAUGUGCACACGGAGGUUCAGCUACGGUUCUGGAAGAGUCCAGAAAGGAGGCAGCCCCCGCCCCCCUCCCUGCCUCCGGUCCUGAGCUGGCAGCCAUGAUGAAGAUCGGCACCAGGGUGAUGAGAGGAGUGGACUGGAAGUGGGGAGACCAGGACGGUCCAGCUCCAGGUCUGGGUCGGGUCAUCGGGGAGCUGGGUGAGGAUGGAUGGAUCAGGGUCCAGUGGGACACGAGCAGCACCAACUCCUACAGGAUGGGAAAAGAAGGGAAAUAUGACCUGAAACUGGCAGAGCCGCCGCCUACUGCCCAACCCCCAACAGAGGAUUCAGACACAGAAGACGACACAGAAGGCGAGCUGAUGGAGAAGAGCAAUCACCCGACAGCCAUGAUGUUAACCAGCACCGUGAACCUGCUGAAGACUCUGUCGCUGUCGUCUGGAGUCUACGCUGAACUGCUGCAGACGGACGCCACGCGGACACUGUGCGGUCUCCUGAGGAUGCUGGUGGAGAGCGGAGCCAACGACAAGUCCGGCUCUCACUCUCACAGGCUGGUGUCUCGGGAACAGCACAGGAGCUGGUGCACUCUGGGCUUCAUCCGCAGCAUUGCUCUCAUGCCUCAGAUGUGCAGCACACUCAGCACGUCCGCCUGGAUCAGUCUGCUCAUACGAAUCAUCGAGGGACACCAGUCCUUCAACGCCGUCUCUCUGCAGAGACAGAUCCUGGCGUUGCGCCUCCUGCAGGCAGUUCUUCCCUCCUGGGAAAAGUCGGAGCGUUCUCAGGACAUGAAGUUCCUGGUGGAGAAGUUGUUUGGCUUCUUGGGAACUUUACUGAGCACCUGCUCAUCAGACCUGCCUCUUCUCAGAGAGGGUUCCCUGCGGAAGAGGAAGUCCCGCCCUCAGGCAUCUCUCACUGCCACUCACAGCAGCACACUGGCCGAGGAGAUCGUCUCUGUCCUGAGGACACUGCACUCACUGGGACAGUGGAACAGUCUGAUCAACGACUACAUCAACGCUCAGCUCAGCGCCAUCGGAGACGUGAUGACAGGCUGCCAGUCUGAAGCAUGUUUCCUGGAGGAAUACUUCCCUGACCUGGACGCUCCCAGUGUGGGCAGUCUGAUGGCCGUGCUGGCCGUGAUCGGAGGGAUCGACGGUCGCCUGAGGCUCGGAGGUCAGGUUGUCCACGAGGAGUACGGCGAGGGGACAGUCACACGCAUCACACCUAAAGGACGAAUCACCGUUCAGUUCUACGAGAUGAGGACGUGCAGGGUUUGUCUGCUCAGUCACCUCAGACCGCUGCCUGCAGUCUUCUUCAGUGUACAGAACCUCCCCUUCACUGAGCCCAUGUUGACGGUCUGGGCUCAGCUCGUCAGUCUGGCUGGAAGUAAACUGGAGAAACAGCGUAUGAAGAAAUCGCUGAGUCGUGGACUCACGGCUGACCAGGUGGACGUACAUCUUCUCCGCUGUCAGCAGCUCAGACUCUACAUCCUGAAAGCAGCUCGUGCUCUGCUCUGUCAUCAGGACAAACUGCGACAGAUUCUGUCUCAGCCUGCAGUCGUCGACAUCGGGAACAACUCCAGCGAGGACGUGGUAGUGACGUCUCCUGAUGUUGGAGACUUGUCUCCUGAAGGUCCACUUCCUCCUCUGAUCCUCCUGCAGCAGCUGCUCUCUGCUGCCACCCAGCCAUCGCCAAUCAAAGCCAUUUUUGACCGACAGGAGAUGGAGGCGGCGGCUCUGGCCGUGUGUCAGUUUCUGGCUGUAGAGUCCGCCCACCCGUCGUCUCCUCUGUUUGAGGAGAGCAGCUCCAGUGAAGCCACCACGCCUGUAACCAUUCAACACAUAAAGGUGCCCAAACAGAAGAAACAGAAGACAUCGCCUGUCCCGCCUUUACCUAUCGUCCUCCAGCUCAUGGAGAUGGGUUUUCCACGGAAGAACAUCGAGUUUGCACUGAAGUCGCUGUCGGGAACCACAAGCUCCGCCUCUGGAGCUCCAGGUGUGGAGGCUUUGGUGAGUUGGCUGCUCGAUCAUCCAGAUGUUCACGUCACCGAGACGUCAGACGUCGACACCGUAUCGGACGAAUUCUCUGACGAGGAGGUGCUGGAAGAGCUGGAGGAGGCGGAGCCAACAUUCCCUGUGCCUCCAGGUGCCGUCGUGACCGAAAGCCAGACGUUUAAGAAGAGAGCGGAUUUCCAGAGUAAUGACGAUUAUGCUGUUUACGUUAGAGAAAACAUUCAGGUGGGGAUGAUGGUGAAGUGCUGCAGGACGUACGAGGAAGUGUAUGAUGGCGAUGUGGGCAAAGUGAUCAAACUGGACAGAGACGGACUCCAUGAUUUAAACGUGCAGUGUGACUGGCAGCAGAAAGGAGGGACGUACUGGGUCAGAUACAUCCACAUCGAGCUGCUCGGUUUCCCUCCACAAACUUCUCCCUCUCAUAUAAAAAUCGGUGACAAGGUGAGAGUGAAACCCACCGUCACUACGCCAAAGUACAAGUGGGGCUCCGUCACUCACAGGAGUGUUGGGGUCGUCAAAGCUUUCAGUGCCAACGGGAAGGACGUGAUCGUGGACUUCCCUCAGCAGUCUCACUGGACUGGUCUGCUGUCAGAAAUGGAACUGGUGCCCAGUGUUCAUCCAGGAGUCAGGUGCGACGGCUGCCAGAUGUUCCCGAUCAACGGCCCCAGGUUCAAAUGUAAGAACUGCGAUGACUUCGACUUCUGUGAAAACUGUUUCAAGACUCGCAAACACAACACCAGACAUUCGUUUGGUAGAAUCAACGAACCUGGUCAGUCUCCAGCCUUCUGCGGCCGCUCAGGGAAGCAGCUGAAGAAGCACCACAGCAGUCAGCGUGGGAUGUUGAUCGAUGACUGGUCUCGAGCCGUGAAGAGUCUCAACGUAUCGUCUUCUGUGAACCAGGCGUCACGACUCAUCGACUGCAGUGACCAGUGCUGGCAGUCGUCCGGCUCACAGGGGAAGCACUGGAUCCGUCUAGAGCUUUUCCCUGAUGUCCUCGUUCACAGACUGAAGAUGAUUGUAGAUCCUGCAGACAGCAGCUACAUGCCCUCACUGGUGGUGGUGUCAGGUGGCAGCUCCCUGAACAACCUGAUCGAGCUGAAGACGAUAAACAUCAACCCGACAGACACCACAGUGCUGCUGCUCACUGACUGCACCGAGUAUCACAGAUACAUCGAGAUCGCCAUCAAGCAGUGCCGCAGCUCUGGCAUCGAUUGUAAGAUUCACGGACUCAGCAUCGUGGGACGGAUCAGAGCAGAAGACGACGAUCUGGCCACGGUCCCUUUCCUGGCGUCCGACAACGAGGAAGAGGAAGAUGAGAAAACAGCCACUGGCAGUCUGGCUCGUAAAAAGUCUUCAGGUCUAGAGUCUGCAGCCACCAUCAGGACCAAAGUCUUUGUGUGGGGACUCAACGAUAAAGACCAGCUGGGAGGACUCAAAGGAUCCAAGAUCAAAGUGCCGUCAUUCUCUGAAACGCUCUCUGCUCUAAACGUGGUCCAAGUGGCCGGUGGAUCCAAAAGCCUCUUCGCUGUGACGGUGGAAGGGAAGAUUUACGCCUGUGGUGAAGCCACUAACGGCAGGUUAGGUCUGGGUCUGUCCAGUGGAACCAUCCCCAUUCCCCGUCAGAUCACUGCGCUCAGUAACUACGUGGUGAAGAAGGUGGCGGUGCACUCGGGAGGACGUCACGCCAUGGCACUGACUGUGGACGGGAAGGUCUUCUCCUGGGGAGAAGGAGACGACGGCAAACUGGGUCACUUCAGCAGAAUGAACUGUGACAAACCACGGUUGAUCGAGGCGCUGAAGACCAAGCGUAUCCGUGACAUCGCAUGCGGCAGCUCUCACAGUGCCGCCAUCACGUCCAGUGGAGAACUGUACAGCUGGGGUUUAGGAGAAUAUGGACGCCUCGGACACGGAGACAACACCACGCAGCUCAGGCCUAAACUGGUCAAAGUUCUUCUGGGUCAUCGUGUGAUCCAGGUGGCCUGUGGCAGCAGAGACGCUCAGACUCUGGCUCUCACUGAUGAAGGCCUGGUGUUCUCCUGGGGUGAUGGAGACUUCGGUAAACUGGGCCGUGGAGGCAGUGAAGGCUGUAACAUCCCUCAGAACAUCGAGCGUCUCAACGGUCAGGCCGUCUGUCAGAUCGAGUGUGGAGCACAGUUCUCUCUGGCUCUCACCAAAUCAGGAGUGGUGUGGACCUGGGGAAAAGGAGAUUAUUUCCGACUGGGUCACGGCACUGAUGUCCACGUACGGAAGCCUCAGAUGGUGGAAGGACUGCGAGGGAAGAAAAUCGUCCAUGUGGCUGUUGGAGCUUUACACUGUCUGGCUGUGACAGACACUGGACAGGUUUAUGCAUGGGGAGACAACGACCACGGUCAGCAGGGAAACGGCACCACCACAGUCAACAGGAAACCCACGCUGGUCCAGGGUCUGGAGGGACAGAAGAUCACUCGUGUGGCCUGUGGCUCCUCCCACAGUGUGGCCUGGACCACGGUGGAUGUGACCACGCCCUCUGUUCACGAGCCAGUUCUCUUCCAGACUGCCAGAGACUCGCUCGGUGCCUCCUAUUUAGGUGUCCAGUCAGACAGUGACUCGUCAACCGUCAGCAAUAAGAUGACUGGACAAAACAACGUGAAGUCCAAUCGACCGUCGCUCGCUAAGAUUCUGCUCAGUCUGGACGGAAACUUGGCCAAACAACAGGCUCUGUCUCAUGUUCUGUCCGCUCUGCAGAUCAUGUAUGCCAGAGACGCAGUGGUCGGCGCUCUGAUGCCGGCCAGCAUGAUUCUACCUGCCGAGUGUCCGUCCAGCUCACCUGUCCCGCCAUCAGACUCCUCCUCCUCAUCCUGUGUCAGCGACGAAGAAGGACCGCCUCUUCCUUCUGAAGCAGAGGAACGACUCAGCCCCAACCCAUGGACCCCGGACAAGAAGAACGAGGGUCCUUCAUCAGAAGAUGCCGUCACUCCGUCAUCGGCUGUGACUCCGUCUGCCUCCGGUGCCUCGUCGCGUCCUUUCAUCCCCGUCACUGAUGAUCCGGGAGCAGCCAGCAUCAUCGCUGAGACCAUGACCAAGACUAAAGAGGACUCAGAGAGUCAAAGUAAAGUGGUCGGUCCAGAGCCUCAGUAUCUGGACGAGUUCACCAGCCUCCUGGUCCCUGAUGACACCCGCGUGAUGGUGGACGUGCUGAAACUGGCUGUGUCCUGUCGCUCCGGAGACAAAGGCAAAGAGGUUCUGUCUGCGGUUCUGUCCGGGAUGGGAACAGCGUAUCCCCAGGUGGCGGACAUGCUGCUGGAGCUGUGCGUCACUGAGCUGGAGGACGUCGCCACGGACUCGCAGAGCGGACGACUGUCGUCACAGCCGGUCGUUGUAGAGAGCAGUCACCCGUACACUGAUGAUACGUCCACCAGCGGCACCGUCAAGAUCCCAGGAGCUGAAGGUCUCAGGAUUGAGUUUGACCGACAGUGUUCCACAGAGAGACGUCACGACCCUCUGACCAUCAUGGACGGAGCCAACAGGAUCGUCUCUGUGAGAUCAGGUCGGGAAUGGUCCGACUGGUCCAGCGAACUGAGAAUCCCUGGAGAUGAACUGAAGUGGAAAUUCACCAGUGAUGGUUCAGUGAACGGAUGGGGCUGGCGCUUCACCGUGUAUCCCAUCAUGCCUGCUGCUGGUCCCAAAGACUUACUGUCUGACCGCUGCAUCUUGUCCUGUCCCUCCAUGGACUUGGUCACAUGUCUCCUGGACUUCAGGCUGAACUUUGCCUCCAACAGGAGCAUCGUUCCUCGUCUGGCUGCUUCCCUCGCCGCCUGCGCUCAGCUCAGUGCACUAGCUGCUGGACACAGGAUGUGGGCUCUGCAGAGGCUAAGAAAGCUCCUGACCACUGAGUAUGGGCAGUCCAUCAACAUUAACAGGCUGCUGGGAGACAGUGACGGAGAGGCUCGCUCUAUGACGUUCACAGGAAGUGCUCUGGCUGCUCUGGUCAAAGGUUUGCCUGAAGCUCUGCAGAGACAGUAUGAGUACGAGGAUCCCAUCGUCAGAGGAGGAAAACAGCUACUUCACAGUCCUUUCUUUAAGGUCUUGGUUGCUCUUGCGUGUGAUCUUGAGCUGGACACGUUGCCAUGCUGCGCUGAGACUCAUAAGUGGGCGUGGUUCCGUCGAUACUGCACUGCAUCACGAGUGGCCGUGGCUCUGGACAAGAGAACCGCAUUGCCCCGCCCCUUCCUGGAUGAGGUCACAAAGAAAAUCCGCGAGCUCAUGGCCGACCACGAGAGCAUGAACGGCCUCCACGAGAGUCACGAGCUGUUCAAGCGCGAACAUGACGAGCAGCUGGUGCAGUGGAUGAACCGGCGGCCGGACGACUGGACGCUGUCUGCGGGUGGCAGCGGCACCAUCUACGGCUGGGGUCACAACCACAGAGGUCAGCUGGGCGGCAUCGAGGGGGCUAAGGUCAAAGUGCCCACGCCCACUGAAGCGCUGGCAACACUGAGGCCGGUGCAGCUGAUUGGAGGAGAGCAAACGCUGUUUGCUGUCACAGCUGAUGGAAAGUUGUACGCCACAGGAUACGGAGCAGGAGGGAGGCUGGGCAUCGGCGGCACAGAGUCUGUGUCCACACCCACUUUACUGGAGUCCAUCCAGCACGUGUUCAUCAGGAAGGUGGCGGUGAACUCAGGAGGGAAGCACUGCCUGGCUCUGUCGUCAGAGGGAGAGGUUUACUCGUGGGGAGAAGCGGAGGAUGGAAAACUUGGCCAUGGAAACAGAAGCCCCUGUGAUCGUCCUCGUGUCAUCGAGUCUCUGCGGGGUGUGGAGGUGGUGGACAUCGCAGCAGGAGGCGCUCACAGUGCCUGCAUCACUGCCAGUGGAGAGCUCUUCACCUGGGGCAAAGGUCGUUACGGACGCCUGGGCCACGGAGAUAGUGAAGAUCAGCUGAAACCAAAACUGGUGGACGCUCUGCAGGGUCACCGGGUCAUCGACGUUGCCUGUGGCAGUGGAGAUGCUCAGACUCUUUGUCUCAGUGAUGAUGACAUGGUUUGGUCUUGGGGAGACGGGGAUUACGGUAAACUGGGUCGAGGAGGCAGCGACGGCUGUAAAAUCCCCAUGAAGAUCGACUCUCUCACUGGACUGGGCGUGGUCAAAGUGGAGUGUGGCUCUCAGUUUUCUGUGGCUCUCACUAAAUCUGGAGCGGUUUACACCUGGGGAAAAGGAGACUAUCAUCGACUGGGCCACGGUUCUGAUGACCAUGUUCGACGGCCCAGACAAGUCCAAGGACUACAAGGGAAGAAGGUCAUCGCCAUAGCUACAGGGUCACUGCACUGUGUUUGCUGCACUGAGGAUGGUGAAGUUUAUACGUGGGGCGACAACGACGAGGGCCAACUGGGAGACGCGACCACUAACGCCAUCCAGAGGCCACGGCUGGUCGCUGCACUGCAGGGCAAAAAAAUCAACCGCGUGGCGUGUGGUUCUGCUCACACCCUCUCCUGGUCCACAAGUAAACCCACCAACGCUGGGAAGCUGCCUGCUCAGGUUCCCAUGGAGUACAACCACCUGCAGGAGAUUCCCAUCAUGGCUCUGAGGAACCGGCUGCUGCUCCUGCACCACAUCUCUGAGCUCUUCUGUCCAUGUAUCCCCAUGUUUGACCUGGAGGGUCGACUCGGUCAGACGGGACACGGACCUUCAGUGGGCUUUGACACACUCAGAGGAAUCCUCAUCUCCCAGGGCAAAGAAGCAGCUUUCAGGAAGGUGGUUCAAGCCACGAUGGUGAGGGACAGACAGCAUGGACCUGUGGUGGAGCUCAACAGAAUACAGGUGAAACGUUCCCGCAGUAAAGGAGGUCUUGCAGGUCCAGAUGGAACCAAAUCUGUGUUUGGUCAGAUGUGUGCCAAAAUGAGCUCGUUCAGCCCGGACAGUCUGCUGCUGCCCCAUCGUGUGUGGAAGGUCAAGUUUGUGGGUGAGUCUGUGGACGACUGUGGCGGAGGCUACAGCGAGUCCAUCGCAGAAAUGUGCGAGGAGCUUCAGAACGCUCUGACUCCGCUGCUCAUCGUCACGCCCAAUGGCCGCGACGAGUCAGGCGCCAACAGAGACUGUUUCCUGCUCAACCCGGCCGCCAAGUCUCCUCUGCACAUGUGCAUGUUCCGCUUCCUAGGAGUUUUACUGGGAAUCGCCAUCCGUACAGGAAGUCCUCUGAGCCUGAACCUGGCAGAGCCGGUGUGGAAGCAACUGGCCGGAAUGAACCUGACCAUCGCUGACCUCAGUGAGGUGGAUAAGGACUUUAUUCCUGGUCUCAUGUACAUCAGAGACAACGAGGCCACGGCAGAAGAGUUUGAGGCCAUGACGCUGCCGUUCACCGUCCCCAACGCCAGCGGUCAGGACAUCCAGCUCAGCUCCAAGUACUCACACAUCACACUGGAGAACCGAGCCGAGUACGUCAGGCUCGCCAUCAACUACAGGCUCCAUGAGUUUGACGAGCAGGUGUCUGCGGUGCGUGAAGGAAUGGCUCGUGUCGUUCCUGUUCCGUUGUUGUCUCUCUUCACUGGAUACGAGCUGGAGACGAUGGUGUGUGGAAGUCCAGACAUUCCUCUCCACCUGCUGAAGUCUGUGGCCACCUAUAAGGGGGUGGAGCCAACAGCACCGCUCAUCCAGUGGUUCUGGGAGGUGAUGGAGUCAUUCUCCAACACGGAGAGAUCAUUGUUCCUGAGGUUCGUCUGGGGCCGCACUCGUCUGCCUCGCACCAUCGCUGACUUCCGUGGGCGAGACUUUGUCGUGCAGGUUCUGGAUAAGUACAACCCUCCCGACCACUUCCUGCCGGAGUCGUACACCUGCUUCUUCCUGCUCAAACUGCCCAGGUACUCGUGUAAGCAGGUUCUGGAGGAGAAGCUCAAAUACGCCAUCCACUUCUGUAAAUCCAUCGACACAGACGACUACGCUCGCAUCGCGCUGUCGGGAGAACCGGCCGCCGACGACAGCAGCGAGGACUCCGACAACGAGGACGCCGACUCCUUCGCCUCCGACUCCACCCAGGACUAUCUGACGGGACACUGAGCCGAACCUCUACUGGAGCUGCGUUCACACCACAUGCUAAGCUAAUGUUUACACCACGCGCUAAGCUAAUGUUCACACUGCUCUCCUGAGGCUAAUGCUAAGAUACUCAUCUGACCUCCUCACUCAUUCACUCACUCACUCUUGAGCCCCAAGUUAAUCACGUGUGAUCACAUGUGAAUGAGCGCACCAAACUUUAGCCUCACUUUGUUACAUUUUCGCGAACUUGUAUCAUAUGUAAAAAUGUAGCUUUGAGUAAACAGGGUAACACUAGCAACCCCGCGAGAAAACAUGCUAAUAUUUAUGCUACCGCUUACAAAACUGAAGUUAACGCUCGUUAUGAUUUCACAUGUAGCUGCGCAGUUCACAUCACUUUUAAGAACUUUUAAUUUACGUGUAAAUUAAUCGCAGAGACGACGUGUAGAGAAGGAAAAAAAAGUGCUGACUCAUUGGUUUGAACAGAAGAGUGCUGCCCUCUGGUGGUGACAUAAGAAAGUUACAGAUUGGCUAACAGCUAACGUCGUGUUACAGCUAAACUUGAGUUGAAAUAAUUUGACAAUGAUGAAUUAAACGAUUUACGUUUUGCAACUUUUUUUCAUAACAAAUAAUUUCAUAAUUUUUAUUCUACGACUUGGCGAACUUUCUUUUCUGCUAAUAUGAUUUUCACAUAUUUGUGUGAUUCCCGUCACUUUAAUGAAAUAUUAGCUUCUAACUGCACUUUUGCACCAAUGUCGUAAAACUCCUGGCGCUAACACUUAGCUUCAUCAUGUAGCUAGGAUUGCAUGCGUGUGGUGUGAAUGCAGCAUUGGACACAAACGUCUGUGUGGGAAAAAAGUGCAAUGAGCUUUGGAUGAAGCUUUGUCAUAAGCUAAAGAUCGGAACGAAUAAACAAACGUGAUCACUUGCGAUUGUGGUGAUCACGUGUGAUUGUGGUGUUCCAGUUGUGGUAGAUUACUGCCUCCAGUGAUUAGUUUGUAUAUAGACAUAGAUGUUGUAGAAUAAUCCGUGUUCACGUAAAUAACAGUCAUCGUCACCUUUUUUUUGUUUUGUUUCAUGUUUCUUUAUUUAAAAAAACAACAACAAAGAAGAAUAAAAUGCGAUUUUUAUGCUCAGUCUUUUUUUUUAUGUCGUGAGACUCGUUGGUUCGUUUUCACCACGUCUUCAUUCACAAGUUCACCUCGCACAGUGUAAAUAACACCAUCACAUCAUGUGUUCACAUCAUGCGCUCACACAGUCGCUCAUUCCUGCAAAUGAAACAUGACUUUUGUGUUAAUAAACACAAAACAGAGACAGAGAAACACACACA